CUGGACUUGUCUUGGUCUAACGUCUUAUUGGGAAUAGUUGUCUCCGCGGUGACAGAUUUCGGUCUAGCUCUGAUUCCAAUUUACUCGGUAUGGGACUUACAAAUGGUCAAACGGGAGAAAGCCGGCGUCGCGAUUGCUAUGAGUAUCGGUGUGCUGGUCACUGAUUACAAUGGUAGGGCAGGAAUCGUUGCUGUUCUCAAAGCUGUGGAAGCUCUUGAAGUCACGAGAGUUGUCGGAACCGAGUGUCAGUGUUGUCCCUAUGUGUCUUACCUUGAGUCGCAAGUGAAUAUUGACAAAGCUAUCUCUCUCGCAGUUUCUCGCCGGCUUGCCGUCUUGACCAUUUGGAUUCACGCAGAACCCAAUGCGACGAUUGUUGCAGCCUCCAUACCGGUACUGAGAGUACUGAUACGGGAUGUUGCAAAAUCAUUUGCAUCCUACCAUCCCUCGGCUGCACACUACGUAAAAUCCGACGGAGUCUUUCAGAGUGCCAACCUCUCGAAUGUACGAGCAACAAGUAUCAACAGCGAUCAUGAUAGCGAGACAAUGAUUCUUCCUAUCUUCAAGCCAGGAACGGAAGCGGAUGAUCGAUAUCGAGCCGAGGGCCAGGAAGCUGUCGAACUUCGUAAGCUUCAUGCACACGUACCUUCGGGGUAG